CUGGGGGGUCAUGGGGUUGUAUCCUCCCUCCCCCAAGAGAAAUAAACAAAUUCCGGAGAUGAGAUGCCCGAAAUCCUCCUUCCUCCACACCAACGACACGCCCAACGGGGCCGGCCCCGUCAUGAACGGGGUGUCUCGGGAGAAUAGCCUGCGGUCAUAAAAGGAAGCAGUCCUGUCUCCAUGCUGGGCCGUUUUUCGUCUCUUUUUGCUGGUUAGGCAAGCGAAGAGUAGAAGUUCCGACGAGAGCAUCAAGUCGAACGAAAACCUUUUCGCCGGUUCUCCUGUUUACCAUCGUCGUCGAACGAUCGUCUCUACCGUAUCCACAAACAUCGUAGAGACUUCCAAGACGACCGCAAAGAUGCGCGUCUCCUCCCUCCGCGGCGCCGCCCUAGGCACAGCCCUCGCCGCCCUCGCGACUGGCGCGACAGCAGCCCUCAACGCGACAGAGACCUCUAACCGCCUCAUCAUCGCGAACGACCGCCUCUACGCCGCCGUCUCUAAGCCCGGCGGCGCCGUCGUAGAACUCACCCUCGACGGUGUCAACCUCCUCGGCACCGCCUCCGGCGCCACCGGCCAAGGGCCGUACCUAGACUGCUACUGCACCCCGCAAGGCUUCUGGACGCCGGGCACCGUGAAACCCACAUUCCAACUCUACUCCGGCACCGACUCCGCCGGCGUCGCCUACGGUGGCGUCAAAAUGUCAGAUACCUACGCCUCGACGGGCCAGGUCCUCGAGCAGUACUGGUUCCUCCGCGACGGCGAGACGGGCUUGCACAUGUUCAGCCGCGUCGCCUACCACAACGAGACGGCGCCCUUUUUGCGAAACCUCCAGGAGCUGAGGACUCUGUUCCGCCCCAAUGAUCCCAUGUGGACGCACCUCCUCACCAACCCGACGCAGUACGCGCCUCUCCCCUCAAAGGACGCCGUCGCCCAGCAGGUCGUCGUCCAGGACGCGACGUGGUACCUAGGCAACACGCCCCAAGACCCCUACGUCCAGGAGGAAGCCGACUGGUUCACGAAAUACACCUUCCAAGACACCUGGCGCGACGUCGACGCCUACGGCAUGUUCGCCGACGGCUCCAAGACGGCCGACGGCUCCGCGUUCGGCGCAUGGAUGGUCUUCAACACGCGCGACACGUACUUCGGCGGCCCCCUGCACUCGGACCUGACGGUCGACGGCAUCGUCUACAACUACAUCUCGUCCAACCACCACGGCGACCAGACGCCCAACAUCACAAACGGCUUCGACCGCACCUUCGGCCCGCAGUACUACCACUUCAACAAGGGCCCCGCGGGAACCUCCAUCCUCGACCUCCACGCCGACGCCGCCAAGCUCGCCGACCCGACGUGGAACGCGGACUUUUACGACGACAUUGCCCACCUCGUACCCAACUACGUCCCCUCCACGCAGCGCACCACCUGGAAGCUGCACGUCGACCUCCCCGAGGGCGUGACGAAACCCAUCGCCGUGCUGGCGCAGAACGGCGUCGACUUCCAGGACAACGUCUUUGACACCAAAGCCUACCAAUACUGGACCGACAUCGACGCCCAAGGUUACGCCACGAUCCCGCGCGUCAAGGAGGGGACAUACCGCCUGACAAUCUACGGUGACGGCAUCUUUGGCCAAUACAUCAAGGACGACGUGAAAAUCGUCGCGGGUAAAAUCGACACCACCCACGCGCGCUGGCGCGAAGAGACGUCCGGCACGGAAGUCUUCCGCAUCGGCACCCCCGACAAGUCGUCGGGCGAAUACCGCCACGGCUUCGCGCGCGACACCACCAAGCCCCGCACGCCGGAAGAAUACCGCAUCUACUGGGCGCGUUACGACUUCCCCACCGAGUUCCCCGACGGCGUCCGCUUCCGCGUCGGCGAGGACGACGUCGCGCAGAACCUCAACUACGUGCACUGGGCGGCGUUCGGAGGCAAGGGCAACUCGCUCCGCCCGGAGCUCUACCUCGGCGACGGCAACGUCAACAACUGGACCCUCGUCUUCGACCUCGAGGAGGCGGCCGUCAAGCAGAAGCGGUACGGCACGUUCACGGUGCAGCUCGCGGGCGCCAAGACGGCGGCGGGCAACACGGACGUCUUCAACGCGAGCGAGCCGCACUCCAACUUGAAAUACACCGUCAACGUCAACGGGAAAGACCUGGAGCCGUGGGUGAUUCCGUAUUACCAGAGCAGCUCGUGCGCGGUGCGGUCGGCGGUAGUGUGCUACAACGUCGCCAACAAAUUUGUCUUUGACUCGAAGCUGUUGAAGGCGGGCGAGAACGAGAUUGUCCUGAGCUUGCCCUACGGCGCGACGAAUUAUGAGAGCGCCGUGCUUACGCCUGCUAUUUACGUGCAGUAUGAUGCGCUGCGGUUGGAGAUCAAGUAAAUUCGUCGUUUGAGGUUGACUAAGGGAUGGGCCCUUCAGU